AUGCUGGCAUUGAAGAACAACGACAUGCGCAAGAUUCCGGGCUACGAUCCAGAGCCUGUGGAGAAGCUCAAGAAACUGCAGAGAAGUCUGGUCCGUUUCAUGUUGGAAACCAUGCUGGCAUUGAAGAACAACGACAUGCGCAAGAUUCCGGGCUACGAUCCAGAGCCUGUGGAGAAGCUCAAGAAACUGCAGAGAAGUCUGAUCCAGCGCAACGCCGCAGGUAGCGACGUGAAACUGCGGGUGUCCCUGGACAACCUUCUGUCGGCCAACCAGGUCGGCCGCUGGUGGAUCGUGGGCUCGUCGUGGAGCGGCGCGCCCAUGAUCAGCGAGCAAGAGCAUAAAAGCGUUGGCGAAGGGCAGUUCACCGCCAAAGUCCUGGAACUGGCCCGAAAGCAGCGGAUGAACACGGAGGUCCGAAGGAACAUCUUCUGCGUGCUCAUGACCAGCGAGGACUACUUGGAUGCCUUUGACAAGCUGCUGAGGAUGGGGCUGAAAGACAAACAGGAGCGCGAGAUCGUCCACGUGCUGAUGGACUGCUGCCUGCAGGAAAAAAGCUUCAACGGCUUCUACGCCGUGCUGGGAGAGAAAUUCUGCGCUCACAACCGCCGCUUCCAGAUCACCUUCCAGUUCAGCCUGUGGGAUAAAUUCCGGGAGCUUUCCAACCUUCCCGCCAGGACUUUUAACAAUUUGAUCCAGCUCGUGACCCUCUUCCUCCAGAAAAAGUGCUUCUCGCUCUCGCUGCUCAAAGUAAUCGAGUUCGGAGAGCUCGACAAGGCCAAGGUGCGCUUCCUGCGCCAAGUCCUGACUCGACUGCUCACAGACACCGAGCCCGAGGAUGUCAUCGGCAUUUUUUCAAGGAUUUCUGGAAUUCCCCAGCUGCGAAUGCUGCGCGAGGGCCUGAAGCUUUUCAUCAGCCACUUCCUGCUUAAGAGCGCCGCGCCGCAGGACGCCUCGCUAACGGAGCGCGCUCGCAUCGCCACCCAGGCCAUGGAGGCCAAAGAGGCCAAAGUCAAACUGUAACCCCCCGCCCCCUCAAAAAAAGGAAUGUCAUUUAAAUUUGAAAAAAAAAUUCCAUCCA